GUAGCAGUACUGUCCUUUGCUGUUUUUGUUACCACCGAUCCAGACAAUAAUGUCUUAACUCCACAAGUGACAUUCGUUGCUCUGGCUCUAUUCAACAUUCUUCGUUUUCCAUUGGCGAUCUUCGCCAUGAUAUUCAGUCAGGCUGUUCAAUGUCACGUAAGCAACAAACGUCUUCGAGCAUUUUUCGCUGAGGAAGAAAUGGAUUCAAAUGCCGUGGGAAAUAAGUACACUGAUGAAGCAGUGAAGAUCGAGAACGCCACAUUUGCAUGGGAAAACGGAGAUGUGGAGGAGACAUUGAGGAACAUUACUAUGUCCGUUGGACGCGGUCAACUUGUAGCUAUUGUUGGCAAAGUCGGCGCAGGAAAAAGCAGUUUACUCCAAGCUAUUUUAGGCGAAAUGAACAAAAUUAGUGGCAGUGUUAAUGUGAGCGGCUCGAUCGCAUAUGUUCCACAACAGGCGUGGAUUCAGAACCUCUCUCUAAGGAAUAAUAUUCUCUUUAAUCGUACCUACGAUCGAAUGUUUUAUGAAAAAGUGCUAGACGCUUGUGCACUGCGACAAGAUUUGGCAAGCCUUCCAGCUGAGGAUAUGACUGAAAUUGGCGAGAAGGGUAUCAAUCUCUCCGGAGGCCAAAAACAACGAGUAUCCCUUGCUCGGGCGCUGUAUUCACAUGCUGAUAUAAUACUCUUAGACGAUCCGUUAAGUGCCGUCGACUCUCAUGUAGGAAAGCACAUUUUCGAGAACGUUAUCUCUUCUGCAACUGGAAUUUUGUCACAUAAAACACGCAUACUCGUCACUCAUGGCUUGAACUACUUGAAACAUUGCGACAAGGUUAUAGUCAUGAAGGGAGGUGAAAUCAGUGAAAUGGGAACUUACCACGAGUUGAUCGCACGUCAAGGUGCUUUCAGCGAGUUCCUUGAAGAAUUCCUAGUUGAGGAAACAAAGAAACGUGGACGAAGUGUCAGCUUUGGGGACAAUGCAGAAGACGUCUCUGAAAUCCUAAUGGAAAUGGAAAAAGUGAGUCCAGAUCGAAGAAAACGCAUCGAGUCGCAGCUGAGCCAGGAAGCCACCAACGUUUCUCCGCUGUUAGAAAAGAGCCCUACUCCGCUGAGGGAACUGUCGUCUCCAACUAGUAACGGCAACGUGAUCCCUUCACAAUCAGAAGAAGAACAUUCUGUAGUAGUAGGAAAAGGCGAGGAGAAGGUUGCUCUGCUCGGUGAAGAGAACAAGACCCACCAGAAGAGCAAGCUCGUGGAGAAGGAAGCCGUUGAAACGGGAAAGGUUAAAUGGACGGUGUAUCUGACGUACAUUCGAGCAAUCGGAUUCGAUCUUGCAGUGCUUUUUGUCGUCGUCUACAUUCUCAGCAGUGUCUUGGGGGUGGCCAGCAACCUAUGGCUCGCAAAAUGGUCCGAUGACGCAGAAAUGAUCCAGAAAACCAGUAAUGGAAGCAGUUACGAAACAAACACUCGCUUAGCAAUUUAUGCCUCCUUGGGAGUUGGACAAGCUCUAUUUGUCUGUGCCGCCUCGAUAAUUAUGGCACUAGGAAUGGUUGGAGCAUCACGGUUGCUUCACGAGGGUAUUCUCAAGAACAUCCUUCGCUCACCGAUGAUCUUCUUUGAUGUUACUCCCAUUGGUCGAAUACUCAACCGGUUUGGCAAGGAUAUGGAUGCGAUCGAUACGACAUUACCGGGAUCGAUUCGAUCGAUGCUCAUGACGGUGUUCAACGUCAUCGCCACUUUAGUCGUCAUCGUGAUAGCGACACCACUGGUCGCCAUUCCAUUUGUAUUUCUUGCUGUCUUCUACAUCGUCGUCCUGGAUAUGGAGUGUCUGGAUUAUCGACUACCGGGUGCCAUCCUGACGUUCAUUGGCGCUGCCGUACAGGCGCUGAUAAUCGUUGCGGUGCCCAUCUACGCGACGCCGCCGAUCAUCUUUCUUCUAGUGCCAGUCUUCGUCUUCUAUUUCUAUAUUCUGAGAUUCUACGUAAGCACAUCACGUCAGUUGAAGCGCCUUGAGUCAGCUUCAAGGUCGCCCAUCUACUCCCACUUCCAAGAAUCCAUCCAAGGAGCAGCUUCAAUCAGAGCCUACAGACUAGUCGACGAAUUCGUUAAGGAAUCGGAACGAAGAGUGGACGAGAACCUCGCUACUUACUUAUCCCAGCAUCGUAGGCGAAUCGGUCUGUUAUGGCUUGCCGUACGUCUCGAACUCGUUGGAAAUCUCAUUGUGAUGUUUUCGGCGCUUUUUGCAGUCCUAUUUCGAGACUCUCCAGGCCUCACUGCUGGUCUUGUGGGACUUUCUGUAUCCUACGCACUGAAUAUCACGCAAACGCUGAACUGGGCCGUGCGAAUGACAAGUGAAUUGGAGACUAAUAUCGUUGCGGUGGAGCGAAUCAAGGAGUACAGCGACAGUCCAGUCGAAGGAGCCCACUCCAAUGUGAAACCGGCUGACACGUGGCCACAGCAGGGAAAAAUUGACAUCAAAAACGUUUGCUUAAGGUAUCGGACUGGCCUGGAACCAGUACUCAAAGACGUUUCCGUAAGCAUUGCAUCAAAGGAAAAAGUCGGAAUUGUUGGAAGGACAGGAGCUGGAAAGAGUUCCCUCACGCUCGCUCUUUUCCGAACCGUUGAGAUAGACAGCGGAAGCAUUGAGAUUGACGGGGAGGACAUAUCAAAACUCUCUUUAGAGGAGCUGAGAUCUCGACUAACAAUUGUGCCUCAAGACCCGGUGUUAUUCUCAGGAACUCUGCGGUUCAACUUAGAUCCAUUUAAUGCGUACACUGAUGCAGAAAUCUGGAACGCUCUUCGAAAUGCUCAUUUGGAGCCUUUCGUUUCGUCACUCGCCGAAAAACUUCAACACCAAAUCUCAGAGGGAGGCGAGAAUCUGAGGCAAGUUUUAAAAUUAUUCAAACAAUAUCAGGCAAGUUACUUAAUUCUUUAUUUCUGUUUCAGUGUUGGACAACGACAGUUGUUGUGCCUCGCCAGGGCACUUCUACGUCGCCCCCGUAUUCUGAUUCUGGAUGAAGCAGCAGCAGCCGUUGACGCCGAAACUGAUUCUCUUCUCCAGAGGACUAUUCGAGAACAGUUCGCCGAUUGCACAGUAUUGACUAUCGCUCAUCGAUUACACACGGUGAUGGACUGUGACCGGCUUCUUGUCCUAUCGGCAGGAUGCGUUGUAGAAUUCGACUCGCCUAAAUCACUUCUGGCUAAACCAGAGGGUGUCUUUUAUAGCAUGGCUAAAGACGCUGGCAUUGUAUGA